UUGAAAAGUUCAUUGGUUCCUUUCGAUGAGAUUCUAGAUACUUAUGACGCACUCAAAGAAGAGUACACCAAUAUGGUCAGCGAAGACCCCAGUUACGAAGUCUUUGGUCGUCCAGAAGACUUUUACCGAGUUCUAGAACCUUGGGAGUACCAAGGAGACGUCGCGACAGAUGAGAUAGAAAUGGGAAUCGAGACUGCGGAAGAGUUCUUGGACUGGUCAAGGUUGAGGAGAUUUAUCAUAAGUCAGCUGGAACACUUUCAAGACAAGAAAAUAGUUGAAAUUAGAGCAAACACCGAAGUCACUGAGAUUUCAGCGCUCGAAGAUUGUGGCGUAUAUUUGAUAAAAGCCGUAGACUUGUCAGCUGGUGGCAACGUAGAGAUUUUCACCGAAGUAACUGUGAACGCCUCGUGGUACAACAUUGGCAAAUUCAACAAGAUGCUUGGUAUUUCCGCUUUCACAAUGAAAAGAUGCAACAGAAUCAAAGCAAUUACCACAGUGCAGCUGCCCGAAGCUCUCGUCCACAUGCCUUCAAUGUUCUUCUGUAUGGGACCCUUCUGCAUGUUUUCCAACAAAGGAAACAGAGUUGGAAUGUUGACUUAUGCACCAGAGACAAACAUGGCUACGAGUACCUCUGAAGAGCUGGAACCAGAAUUCGAGCAUGUAUUCUUCAAUCUCUCAGACGACGAGAAAUGCGCCAAGGGUCAAAAAAUCUUAGCCGGUGUGUCGAAAUACAUUCCUAAAUUGAAACAAGCCAAGGUGACAAAGGUAAAGCUUAGCAUUACCCAAACAUUCAUGGACGAAGAUACGAUAGAUUUCGGUUUGAAAGUCGGAAACUUGAAUUUGUUGCACGAUCCACAUGUUGGAGGUAUUUACAAGAGAAAUUACAGUGGAGUGGAGGAACCUCGGCAAGGAUAUAUAAUCAAUGCAUGUAUGAAGCUAUUGUAUUGUUUUGUUAACGCGGAGAUCGUAAAGGACCUGAUUUUAUCGAAAUCUGCAGAAGGUUCUGGUACCGAAAGCAAUUAA